AUGGCAGAAUUAAAUUUGCGCGCUUCGGCAAUAAAGGCCAUUAAACGCAUACACGAUCGGGUGAGUGGAUUCCAGCAGGGUGCAUUUGAUGAAUUUCAUCUUCAGCAAGAGUUGAAAUCAUUGUCAGCACAUUAUGCACGUUUCGUGACCAACCAUGACCUGUUGGUGGGCAAUGCAGCAAACGCCGAGUUGGAGGCCCACGAGAAGUUAUGGGAAGAGGUUGAAGGUAUUUACAACAAUGCAUGUACCCACUUGAACCGUGCAAUCAUGGGUGCAAAACCGAGUCAGUCUGCUGUGAUGCCUGUGCGAGAAUGUGAGGUUAAGUUAGAACCGCUUGCAAUUCCAACGUUCGAUGGAACUAUGCAGAAUUGGCUGGCGUUUAAGGACGUUUUUGAAUUGCUUGUCCACAAUACAGACUAUCCUGAGGCCUACAAGUUAGGCAAGUUGCGGCAGGCAGUAAGCGCAAGUGCUGUACCGCUCGUCGGGAGUGUAUAUUCUGGGGGAUACGCUGAUUUAUGGAAGGCGCUUAAAGAACGUUUUGACAAUAGAAGGCAACUGGCUGAGACUCAUGUGUCACGCUUACUCAAUAUCAAGCCGACAACUGAGGACACACCAACUGCGUUACUGUUCAUCGUCGACACGGUUCAUGAAUCACUACGAGCUUUACAUGUCAUGGGUCUACCAGUGGCCGAAUGGGAUGCUGUGGUCGUACCGAUAAUAGUUUCGAAACUUCCGAUAACUACACAGCGCGAGUGGAACAUGAGCUGUUCACCCACCGAAAUUCCGAGCCUCGAUGAGCUGCUUACGUUUUUGGGUCAGCGGGCUCAUAGCCUCAGCACAACAGUUGUCACAUGGACCAAUGGGGUUGAAUUUACGUCCAAGAGUCAUCAACGCGCUGGUGGUCCGUCAAGAGCUGUUAGAUCACACGUCGUAUCUGCAGAGGAGGGUAAAUGCACAUACUGCCAAGGUGCACAUCGCAUUAUGAAAUGCGCACGCUUUCUUGGGAUGAAAUACGAAGACAGAAUUACUGCUGCAAAGGCUACAAAGCUUUGUUUUAACUGCCUAAAGCAAGGUCAUUCAGCAAGACAAUGCCCAUCGGGGAAUUGCCGUCACUGUGGUCGUAAGCACAACUCAUUACUUUGCCGCGAAUCGUUAUCUCAGAAUCCAUCAGAGAGCAAAUGCGAAGUUUCGGUGGAAGGAAUCGGAGCUUACUCCUACGCACGUACACGUGGGCGUGUCACACUCACGUUAAAAUCGCUCUAUUCCAGUUUCAGUUUGGAAAUCGUUGCACUUGUCAUGCAGUCAAUUACUAAGGUCAUCCCAACAGUGCAUAUUGACAUGACACGGUGGCAGCAUUUGAAUGGUCUAGAAUUGGCCGAUACGCAGUUCGGCAUUCCUAGCAAUAUCGACAUUCUUAUUGGUGCGGAUGUAUGGGGAAAAGCAGUCGAAGGGGACAUAAGACUCGGUGGCCUCAAUGAGCCACACGCCCAGCGAACCCGCUUCGGCUGGGUUGUCUUCGGUCCAGUGCCAGCAGCGCAGCCAGCAACGCCGCCAACUCUUUCCUUCAGCGCCCAGCAAGGCGAAGAGGACGCACGUUUGGAGGAGCUCGUAAGAAGCUUUUGGAAGUUAGAGGAAGUGCCUUCACAAGAUUGUAACGGCGAAGAUGAAUGUGAGAAAAUCUUUUUGACCACACACUCCCGCACAAGGGAAGGGCGCUACAUGGUUCAUAUACCAUUUCAUCCUGACGCACCGGCUUUGGGCAACUCAUACGCCCAUGCUUUACGACAAUUUCACCUUCUUGAACGACGACUAGCAGCGAAUUGUGAGCUCAAGAAAAAAUACAUUGCCUUCAUGCGCGAAUACGCGGACCUCGGCCAUAUGGAACCCGUUAGUCACAUUGGAGAUGGGGGGGUCAACUACUACAUCCCUCACCACGCGGUUCUGGAAAAGUUCCGCGUUGUGUUCAAUGCUUCAGCGCGGACCACGAGCGGCCUCUCACUGAACGACGUCCAGUUGGUGGGAGCCACGAUUCAAGAACCACUUGUGAAUAUCAUCUUUCGUUUUCGGUGUUUUCGCGUAGCAUUAACAGCAGACAUCGAGAAAAUGUUCCGUCAAAUUCUGAUAACUCCCGAACAUAGGGAUUUCCAACGCAUUAUUUGGAGAGAAUCACCAGACACUGACCUAGCAGUAUACCGUUUAACUACAGUGACGUAUGGGAUGGCUUGUAGCCCGUACAACGCAGUUCGCGCACUCAAUCAAUGCAGUUAUGAUAACUACAACGUAGUCGCAGAUGGCCAUCAGUCGAUUGUUGCGCGCGAUGCGAUUCUGUCAUCAUUUUAUGUAGAUGAUUUUCUCAUCAGUUGUGACACUGAGGAUAAAGCCUUCGAACUCGCUGUCAAUGUGAGUGCGAUUUUGUCGGCCGGACAGUUCCGUUUACGAAAAUGGAAUUCUAAUAGUGGUGAGGUUGUAAAGCGUUUAAUUAGUAACAAUUCCUCAAUCGUAGAGUUAGCAAGUGAACCAUCGACGGCAACUGUGCUUGGUUUAAGUUGGGACCCAACAACAGAUGAGAUCUUUUUCAAAGCGAAUCUAAACCAGAACAUCGGAUGCCUCACAAAACGUCGGGUUUUAAGUGAGGUCGCCAAACUAUUUGAUCCUACUGGCAUGCUUGCUCCAAUUGUUAUUGCCGGGAAGAUAUUUAUUCAGAAGUUGUGGUCUGCUGGCUUAGAAUGGGAUGCACCACUCCCAGAUGCACUUCAAAAUACGUGGGUCUUAUUUCACAGAGAACUUGACGUGAUAAACCGUAUCCGUGUACCACGAUGGUUAGGUUUGGCUGAGGGUAAGACUACUAUGCUACUUGGGUUUUGUGAUGCAAGUCCACUUGCCUAUGCGGCUGUCCUCUAUACUAGGACAACAGACGGUGAAGGUCGGUCAACUGUAUCAUUGCUAACAGCUCGCACCAAAGUGGCGCCACUCAAGGGUGCAACGAUUCCUCGCCUAGAACUUUGUGCGGCACAUUUACUCGCAUCCACACUUGACAGUGUGCGGACUGCUUUACGUCUAACGGACACUUCUUAUCAUUUAUGGUCCGACUCGCGAAUCGUGUUAUGUUGGUUACGUAAACCUCCAACUACUCUCAAGCCGUACAUUUCCAAUCGUGUUCGUCACAUUCAAGAGCUGACAUCACCAGAUCGUUGGCAUUAUGUACGGUCUGCACAAAAUCCGGCAGACUGUGCCAGUAGAGGUAUCCGAGCAUCAGAGCUGGUUGAACAUCAGUUGUGGUGGCAAGGGCCAAAAUGGCUUAUGGACAAACAGCUACCAAUUUCCUUUGGGAUCGAAUUAAAAGAUGACGAGCUUGACAUUGUACGUGGUGAACAGAGAGUGUCAUCAUUUGUAGCAACGACGGCCCACGCGAGCAUUCUUACAACUCGACGUCUAGACGGCCAAAUAAUUCCAUUAAGCGAACGCUUUAGUUCAUUGCAAAAGCUUCUUCGUACCGUGGCAAUCGUACUUCGGUGGCUACCAGUUCGCCGACAUUUGCGAAGACUGAUCGUCAAUCCUACAGAAAUGGACGAUGCUCUUAACGUGCUAAUCCGAAACGAGCAAUAUACCUUUGCGACUGAUAUGUCUCUGAUUCGGAAGGGAUCGGAAAUAUCCAGCUCCAGCAAACUAAGGUCAUUGAAUCCUUACAUAGAUUGUAACGACAUAUUGCGAGUCAGAGGUCGUAUUGGUCACGCUGACCUUCCAGAAGAUCGACGUUUUCCGAUAAUUUUACCGAAGCAUGGGAGUUUGGUACACUUACUCAUCCGACACGCACAUGAAACCACGCUUCAUGGUGGGGCGCAAAUCACUCUUCAAGCUCUUCGCGCACGGUACUGGAUAUUGAACGGAAGGCAAGCAGUCCGAAGCUUCGUGCAGACUUGUGUUAUUUGCCGACGACAUCGAGGCGUAACGUUAUCUCAGCAGAUGGCAUCCUUACCCAGGCAUCGCAUUACUGCAGCACGGCCAUUUAUAUCUUCAGGCGUCGACUAUUGCGGGCCUUUUACAGUGCGCAUCGGCACAAAAAGAUCGCGUACAACGAUCAAAACAUAUCUAGCUGUUUUCGUUUACAUGGCGACCAAGGCCGUGCAUAUUGAAGUUGUCGAUGAUCUUUCUUCACCUGCAUUCUUAGAUGCAUUUACGCGAUUUAUAAGUAGACGAGGUCCAUGUCGAGAUCUCUAUAGUGACAACGGUACUACGUUCACAGGUGCUAACCGUUUGCUUAAAGAAGACUUGGCUGCUUGGCAGAACGACAACAACCAACAAAGUUUGGCGAAUCUCGGUACUCAUUGGCACUUUAUCGCUCCCAGCGCUCCUCAUCAAGGUGGUCUCUGGGAGGCUGCGGUAAAAUCUGCCAAAUAUCAUUUGGUGCGCCUCGUUGGAGCGCAGUCAUUAUGGUAUAGCCAACUUCAGACUUUGGCGACACGCAUUGAAGCAUGCCUAAAUUCUCGUCCGCUAACACCUAUAAACGAUGAUCCCAAUGAUAAGUUAGCUUUGACCCCUGCCGACUUUCUGGUUGGCGCUCCACUGGUUGCAGUCCCUGAAGCUGACAUCAGAACAAUUCCGUCGAACCGUAUUAAGCACUGGCUCUGGCUGCGUCAGAUACAUCAACAAUUUUGGCAACGAUGGAGCGAGGAAUAUUUAUCUACCCUUCAAACUCGAAACAAGUGGCAGACGAAAUCAAGGGACGUAAAGAUCGGAGACAUAGUCAUCGUAAGACAUGAGAACUUACCACCAACAUAUUGGCGCUUAGGGCGCGUAACUGCGGUUCAUCCGGGCAGCAAUGGUCUAAUACGUAAUGUCACGCUUCAGACGGCGAACGGUAUGAUGACGCGUGCGGUACAGAAAUUGUGCCGGCUUCUGGACGCAGAGCAUUUUGAGGCCAACGCCUCAACCGGGCAGGAUGUUCAGAAUUCGUCCAGUCUGGCACCACCUUAA